AUGGAUACUACUGAGAGCUUGAAGAUUAAGAGAAGGACGGCUAAGGGCAAGCUGACAAGAAUGGAGAAAGCCCUUAACUUCCAGAUGGAGCAGCACCGUCCAUCAUCAGAGGUAAACGAGGCCUUUGAAUCAUACAAAGCAGCGUAUGAUCAAGUAAAUGAUGUGCACGAGAAGUACACAGCAACCAUUUUGGAUGACACCCAGUAUGAAGCAGAGGAGAAAUGGUUAGACGUAAUUCAGGAAUCCUUCUUGAAUAGGCAAAUGGAGGUGACUGACUAUAGCGAAGAUGAUGUAGAGUCAAGUAGUCCAUUGGAUGAAAUUCAGAUGAUGCAAGCUUCUAGUGUGUCUCCAUUGUCAUCCAUUGUCAAGUUAGAGAAAACUAAGUUACCAAGGUUUACUGGAGAUGUUCGUGAUUAUCAUAUUUUCAGGAAAGACUUCAUCCAUAUGACAGAAGGCAGAUAUACCAAGAGAGAUAUGAUCAGUUUACUCCGAUCCUGUCUUCAAGGAAAGGCCCAGGACAUGAUAAGAGGUAUCGGUGAAGAUUUUGACUCAGCUAUUGCAUAUCUCGACUCAAUAUAUGGGGAUCCUAGAUUUGUCGCAGACGCAGUAGUCUAUGAUUUAAACCAGUUCAAGGGUUUAAAAUGUGGAGAAGAUGCCAGGUUCUGCGAUCUUGUCCAUCUAGUUCGCAGAAGUUAUCAUUGUCUACAAGCAGUGAAUCGUCCACAGGACAUGGACAAUAGUCAGGUUCUUGCUCUCAUUGAACGGAAGAUGCAUGUCGAUGAUAGGAGAGUAUGGUUCCGGCACUUGGAGCAAGAUGGAAAGCCAGCAUGUUUAAGUUACCUCAUAGAGUGGAUGACAUCUGAGAUGAAGUCUCGAAUGAGAGCCGCAGCCCCAGUGCGUGCUGAAGAGAAGAAAGCCGGAAAAGUGUUUCAAGUCAGCAGUGUCCAGAGUAAUUCUGCUAAGCCAGAUGUUAUGUUCUUCAAGUGUUGGCUUUGCAUGACAUCAGAUCAUUGGACUGACCAGUGCAAAAAGCUUCUUAGCAUGACCCAGUCUGACCGUUUGAAUGUGGCUAAGAAGAAUCAAGCCUGCUUCAGCUGUCUUAAGAAGGCGGGCAAGGAUCAUAGAAUGAAUACCUGCAAGAGAAGAAAGCAAUGCAGUGAAGUGACUGGAGGUCAACAAUGCAGAUACUUCCAUCAUCCUCUCCUUCAUAGGUCAGAAGAACAGAGUAACACUGUGGGUGUAGCUAUCACCACCAAUACAGAUACACUAUUGCCAGUUGUUACUGCUGAGAUAGUUUGUCCCAGUAAGCAGGAACGGAUCGAAGGAAAUGUACUACUCGACUCCGGAUCACAGUUAAGUAUCGUGCGACAGGAAGUAGCUGACAGACCGAGACUGAAGGGAAAGAAAGUCUCGGUCACUAUCACCAAGAUUGGCUGUGAUGAGGAGCAAGUCCAGACGGAGAUAUAUCGAUUCCCUGUUCAAGCUAUUGGUAGUAACCAAAGGCAUUAUGUGACUGCGAUAGGACUGCCCCACAUUAGCAAUGAUAUUUCUGAGGUACCAUUGAAGGAAGAAUGUAAGAAGAUGCACUUAAGUCCCCAAGAAGUGCAUAGGAAGAGUGGUGCAAUUGAUUUGCUAAUAGGAUUGGACCAUGUACAGAUGCAUGCAGGUCAAACCAGACAGGGAAUUAAAUGUAUCGCCCGCAAGUCUCCAAUUGGAUGGGUGGUGUUUGGACCUCUCAGCACCAGACAGCAGUUACCAAGUAGAGUACUCCAUAUGCAGGUAACCCAAGUGACUGAUCUGACAGAAUUUUGGAGUACAGAGAGUAUGGGUGUUGAGUCUUCAUCCUGCCAGUGUUACCCACCCAAACUGAGUAAAGUAGAAAAAGAUGAAUACGAUGUUAUCAAUGCUUCCUGCCAGAAAGUAGGACGUCAGUGGAUGAUCCCUUAUCCUUGGAAAAGGGAUCCGAGUCAUCUACCUGAUAAUAAGAUGCAGGCAGAGAGGAUGCUUGCUGGAACUGAAAAGAAACUGGUAAGAAAUCCUGAGUAUGCAGAGGCCUACAGCAAGCAAAUGAAAGAGAUGACAGAGAUGGGGUUUUCAAGAAAGUUUACUCAAGAAGAGAUGAAGAACUAUCAAGGCCCGGUGCACUACAUCGGUCAUCAUGCUGUAGUCAGGCCAGAGAAGAAGUCUACCCCCUUACGAAUUGUUUUCAAUUCUUCCUCAAGUUUCCACGGUCAUUGUCUUAACGACUACUGGAUGAAGGGACCGGAUUUGCUGAAGGAUCUGUUUGGAGUUCUGUUAAGAUUCAGAGAGAGACCUGUAGCCAUAUUAGGUGACAUAUCCAAGAUGUACCACCGUGUCCUCAUUCCAGAAGCAGACCAACACGUGCAUAGAUAUCUCUGGAGAGACUUGAAUGUGAAACAAGAGCCAGAUGUAUAUGUGAAGAAAGUGGUAACAUUCGGGGAUAAGCCUGCCCCCGCAAUGGCCCAAAUAGCUCUCAGACGCACUGCAGAGGAAGGAAGAGGUGCAUAUCCGGAAGCUGCAAGUGUAAUAGAAAGGGACACUUACAUGGAUGAUAUAUGCACAUCAGUGUCUACCGUUGAAGAAGGUCGUAAUCUCACACAUGACCUGGAUGAAGUGUUGGAUACUGGCGGUUUCAAGGUCAAAGGCUGGAUAUCCAAUGUCCCACUGAAGGAGGAGACGGUUCCUGAAUACCAGACAGAGACAAGUUUGCUGGAGAAUUUGACGGAAGAAAAGGUGCUGGGAGUUGUGUGGACCCAGCAACAAGAUGAGUUCUCUUAUAAAGUCAAAGGAGAGAACUUAACUCAGCCCAGUGAGAAGCAGAACUCUGUGAUGUGGACGAAGAGACGAAUCUUGAGUCGCAUUGCUAAGGUAUUCGACCCGAUUGGUUUUGCUGCUUCUUUCUUAGUGAAAGCUAAGAUAGGAAUGCAAUGGCUGUGGGAGAUUGGAGUCGGAUGGGAUGACGAGUUACCAGAGGAGAUAAGUGCGGAAUGGGAUAAACUCUUCAAUGAGAUGAAGGCUCUGAAUGACGUCAGGUUCCCGAGAAGUUUAACACCAUCACAGUCUGUAGGUGUACCAAUGCUAGUUGUAUUCUGUGAUGCAUCAGAAGAAGCCUUUGGAACAUGUGUCUACAUCAGGUGGAAACUGACUGAUGAUGAAUAUGUUAGAUUCAUUGCUGCCAAAUCCAGAGUGGCACCUCUCAAGAAGCUAACGUUGCCACGUCUAGAACUACAAGCAGCAGUGAUGGCGACUAGAUUGUACACAGCUAUCAAAGAAGAACUUACUCUUGAGCUUGAUAGUGCUGUAUUCAUGACAGACAGCAUGAUCGUUCUUGGGUGGAUCCGAAGUAAAGCUAGAGCCUACAAGCCGUUCGUGUCUGCCAGAGUGGGUGAAAUUCAGACAAAUUCCAACCCUUCUUGGUGGAGACAUGUACCCGGAGAGCAGAAUCCUGCUGAUGAUAUAUCCCGAGGCAUCCCUCCUGAGAAGCUAACAGAGAGAUGGGAGAAUGGACCAGAAUUUCUCUACUGGCAUGAGGAUAGAUGGCCAAGGACUGAAGAGACUCCUGAUAGCAGAGAGGUAGAGAAAGAGAAGCGUAAAGUUCACCAGGUGGCCUUAGCAGAGGUUCAGUCAGAACCCAUCGACUGCAAGAAGUUUUCUAGAUGGAGGAAACUUGUUAGAGUUACAGCUUAUGUUCAGAGAUUCGUCAGAAACUUGAAGGCGAGAUGUAACAAGGCACCAGAUAUUGACAUUCAGCCCUCUGAUAGUAAGCAAAUCUCACCAUCAGAGCUAGAGAAUGCAGAGACUCUUUGGAUAAAGAGAGCACAGAGAGAACUACAUGAUAGAUACAAUAAAGGAGAGUUCAAAACUCUCAGUCCCUACAUCAAGGAGGGAAUCAUCAGAGUCGGCGGCAGGGUAGGAGAGAGAGUUGUUUCAUAUGAUGAAAGGCACCCAGUACUGCUACCACGUCAGCACCACAUUUCGACACUCAUAGCUACUUUCACGAGCAAGGUCACGAAGGGGUAG